AUGGCAGUUAAGGGCAAGAGACGACCACAUGUAUUGGCUGUUCCAUUUCCAGCUCAAGGACAUGUCCGGCCGCUCAUGAAAUUGUGUCGACGAAUUGCCAGUCGAGGGAUUAAGGUUACAUUCGUUAACACGGAAUAUAUACAUGGAAAAGUGUUUGCUGCAAUGUCUGAGGAGGAUAAGAAGAAAAACUGGAUGCAACUGAUCUCAAUUCCAGAUGGAUUGCCACCUGAGGAUGACAGAAGUCCUGGAAUCGAGCUAAUGGAAAGUGUUAUAAGAACGAUGCCUGGAAAUUUGACAAAUUUGAUUGAGAAAAUUAAUUGUGAAAACAGUGGCGAAAAGAUUACUUGUGUAAUAGCUGAUAUCACAAUUGGAUGGAUACUUGAUGUUACACAAAAAUUGGGAGCUGAAUCAGUAGUCUUUCACCCUGCUGCAGCUGCAGGCAUGGCCAUGAUACUUCAAAUUCCGAAGCUUAUUCGAGCAGGAAAUCUUGAUACAUAUGGAUCUGUUGCGAAAAAUGAACUGAUCGACCUUUCAGAUAAUAUACCUCCUUGGAGAAGAAAUGAACUUACAUGGAGCAUCCCAGGUGACCUAAAGACUCAAAAGAUAGCGUUUGAAUGUUUCGCAGCUGCUGGAAAAACAGCAAAUCAUGCUAAGUGGAUGCUCUGCAAUACAUUUAAUGAACUCGAAUCAUCAGCUGGUAAUUUGAUUCCCAACUUCUUGCCUAUUGGACCAUUGGUUAGCACUAAUAAACAGGAAUCAUCUGCCAUUGAUGGGAGCUUUUGGCUGGAGGAUACGACGUGUUUUAGCUGGUUAGAAGAACAACCAAUUGGCUCUGUGAUCUAUGUUUCUUUCGGCAGCAUAGCUGUUUUCUGUCAGGACCAGUUAAAUGAACUAGCACUGGCACUUGAACUUUCAGGGCGGCCCUUUCUAUGGGUCGUUAGAUCAAAUCUUGCUAAUGGAUCGAGUGUCAAGUACCCAAAUGGCUUCCGGGAAAGAGUGGCAAAGCGUGGAAAAAUUGUCGAAUGGGCACCUCAGGAAAAAGUUUUAGCUCAUUCUUCUAUCGCCUGUUUUCUAAGCCAUUGUGGAUGGAACUCAACCGUGGAGGGUUUAAGCAUGGGAGUUCCUUUCUUGUGUUGGCCUUAUUUUUCGGAUCAAUUCCACAACCAGAAUUACAUUUGCGAUGUGUGGAAGAUUGGUUUGAGACUGAACCCGGACGAGAACGGACUCAGAUCAAGGCAUGAAAUUAUGACUAAAAUAGAAAUGCUGCUUUCGGAAUACAGUAUUAAAGUCAGUGCCAUAAAACUGAAGGAAAUGGCUCCCAAGAAUGUAAGCGGAUUGGGAUCGUCUUCUCAGAAUUUCGAUAGUUUUAUCCAUCAUUUGAAAAAUUGAAGAUGAUUAAGUUGUAUUUAGAUUUAUUUCCAUGUUUCGUGGCUUCUCCUUGAAUCUUGUGAAAUUUUAAAUA